ACUAUCAAACAGAAGAAAAUCGCCAUCGGUUCGGAUUUGCAUCGGACGCAAUUUGUCGAGUGCUUGGAAAAUUCGGUCGAAUAAGUGCAGUUUUGUGACAACUUAGAACAAAAUUACGGUGCAAACAAGCGCAAAAGCGCUCAAUCCAGCGGAAUAAGUCGACAGGGUGUCAAUGUAUGCGUGAAUUCAAUCCCGCAGAUAAAACUACGACGGAAGGUGUGUUUGUGUCAGCGUUGUAAAGUGCAUUGGAAAAGUAGAAAUCUUCAUAACUGGCGAUUAUAAACAGGGAUCGUUCUGUUGUCAACUGCGACGCGUAAAAACUGUGAAAAACAAGUGUUUGGGUUGAUCUACGUUGUGGAAAAUGGAUCGUGUCGAUUCGUGGACGAACGUUAUCAAUCGGACGAAUGGAAAUCAUAAUCGUGAAUAAACUUGUGAACCAUUUGCAGAAAUCAGCGAAGAUUAUCAUCGAAGAAAAAGUUAUUAAUGAUCAAAGGUGGGCACCCACACCGACAUACGCCGAAGAAGUACUGGAGUGAUUAAAGUGGAAUCCGAAGCACGUGUGAAUGUGUUCGUUAUUAAUGUAAACAUAGGCCAUACAAAUGCAGAGGCGCUGUAUGUACAAACAAAAUAUUUGAAACGAAAAAAAAAUGUAGGCUUAGGCAGUUUUUGGUCAUCAACCAACACAUCGGACCUCCGUUUGCUGCUAAAUCAAUGAGAAGAUAGUUUUUUUGCAUCAAUCACUUCCUCCAGUGUCCAUCAGUUUUAUAGCAAAAUUUCUAUAUCGUCCAUCGUCUUCGUUAGGAAAAUGGCUUACGCCUAUCGUAGCAAGUGCAUCUAGUAACUGUCGAAGUUCAUAUCUUAACCGUUGUGAAUUGGUAUUCAGUGAAAUUAGAAGCGAUUCAAAUGAUGGAAACUCUUACCGAACCAAGUAUCGCUCCGGAACUCCGCAGUGGAUCUCUCAUUCCGACCUCCCCGGACGAGGAUCGCUCUAUUGAACACCACCACAACAACAACAACGACGACGACGAUGAAGACGUCGACCCGAGCAAUCUCCUCGAAGAGCAAUCCCAGUCAUCCCAGGGCAGCAGUAGUCUAGUGUCACCUCCGCCAGGUGGCGGAGGAGGUGACGUUCCGGAAGAAACCAUAGAAAACAUUGCCCGAGAGCUACAGCACAGCAAUGCGAGCUCGGACAGCACCUGCAACGAUAACACAAAUGAUUCCCAACCGGAACCGGGCCAGGACAAUACAGAAUCCAGCAGUGCCCCUCAUCCGGGUCCGGCGGCGGAGCACGAAUCUCCCUCACAUGCGGUACAACCCGAGCAGACAGCUCCGAUACCCAAGGUGCACAUUGCACCCAUUUCCAAUGGCAGUUUGGCGCUCAAGUCGUCCGGGAAACCGACGACGAUGCGAGAUCUUGACCGGAAGAUGAACAAAUCUUCCCGCGGCCGGUCCAAACGGCGCGCCAUGGUGGCCAUGUAUCAAAGUGAGAUAAGCGAGAACAAAAUCGGCAUAAAGCUGUGCAUAAAGAAGGCAUCUGAUGCAACAGUACAACAACCAAAGAAAGCAAGCCGCAAGCGGACACGCAAACCCAAGAGCCUUACCCAAGCGGACAGCGACGAGGAGGAACCGACGGUGGCCGCCUCGCCGGAAAAGCGCACCCGACGACCACGGGACACCUCCCGGCGGACAAACAACAACACGGAGAAGGCCGCCGUCGCCCCGCCGGAGGAGUACAAACGGCCCGAAGAUCAGAGCGCGUGGGCCGACCAACUUCCGGAGCAUGUGCUGUGCGAGAUUUUUCAACACGUCAUCCAAGACGACGGUUGCAUUCCAUCGUUGAUCCGGUUCGGAAAGGUGUGCUCCGCGUGGCACAAAGCUUCCCUGGUGCCUUCCCUCUGGCGGACAGUGGAUCUCGGUAACUGGACCAAGGAACGGUUCAAAACCGAACUUAAACUCAAAUGGCUGAUUGAGAACCGCCUCCGCAAUAGUACCGAUGUCAGUUUUGGAAACUGGAAAGUCACCAAUGUGCAAUGUGUAUUGGAUAAGCUGCUUGUAGCCGCGCCAAACCUUACGGGAAUCACCCUGACGGGUUGGAAGCAACUCACUUCCGACCAUCUCAUGUUUCUCGUGCAAAAGUUCAAAAGUCUGCGGAGAUUGGAUCUUAGCUCAAUAAACGCCGAAGUCAAUGCGAACAAAACGGCCGUCGGCCAAGUUUCGUUGUGCACAGCCAUCACGGAGAUGGGCGAACGGUUAACCCAUCUCUAUCUGGCCCACAAUCGUCUCAGUGGCAUUCCACAAAUCGUUAAGGCAUUGUCGACUCAAUGUCCAAACCUCGUACUACUGGAUCUUUCCAACGUAACCACCAUCGCCAUCUCACACGGUAUACUCAACAUCGAGCAGCUCCAGGCCGGAUGCCAAAAGUUGAAGGUUCUCCGGAUAACCAAUUCGCAUAUCAACAUGAGUACGGCAACCCUUCAGGAACAGAUGGAGUCACCCGGUUUCCCGGAGCUGGAGGAGCUCUCGGUCGCUUCGCUGGCCGACGAAUCGCGGCUGUUCAACGAUGAGUACCUCCAGAGGAUUCUGAAAACCAGCACCCAGUUAAAGCUGCUGGACGUUCGAGGCUGCUCCCGACUGACCCACGACAGUUUGAUUCGGCUGCCGACGUGGGACCUGAAGCAUCUGUUUCUGUCCGGAUGCUCCAUCACGAGGGAUUUGGGAUCUGGCCUGGAGCUGAUAGCCUCCAAGUGGGCCCACAGCCUCAUCGAGUUCGAUCUUGCUUGGGCCAACGCCACCAAACCGUUGGACGACGCCCUCAAGGCACUAGCCGACAAAGGUCCCGAAUCACCGCUGAACCACCUCAACCUCUGUGGUUCAUCCGUUUCGCUAGAGGCCGUCAAGGAAGUCCUCACCUGCUGUCCGCACAUCAAUUCGAUCAACCUGUCCUCCUGUCGGGGUCUUCCACGGGGCGUCAAACGACUGCUGCAAGGCCCCCAGGAAAUCGCCGAACUACGCGAAAAUCUUGGCGUAACCCUGAAGCAACCCAAGCAGCCACAGUAGAGAUUCCCUUUCCUUCCCACUCAAAGAGAGUCAGAGUUUCAUUUGUACAGUUUGUGACCUGCCCCAAGCUCGUCGUUUGCGGAAACCACCCUAGAAUUGUGUGAUCGAGUCUUUGUCCAGAUAAAGGGAGAAUCCCGUGAGAUUAUUGUACGAAUCGGGCGUGUGCGUGUCUUUGUGUGUGCGAGGGUGUAUUACGAAAAGACCCGUUUGUGAUAUUUUUACUAUGCAUGUGCGUGUGAGGAAACGCAAUCCGGCAGUGGAGCUGCACGGAACUAGAUCUUCUUUUAAGUGUAGCGUUAAUAUCUUAGGAACUAUAGUUUUGCCUGUUGAACAGCCCCCUCUGGCUUCCAGUUGAUUUGAAUUGUAUAUUUAUUAACUGCAGUUUUAUGUACUGUUUUAUAUUUCUGAAAAAUCGAUUUACUACGUUUCGUCGACUUUGGUAGCUUCCUCCCGGCUGGUAUAAUACGUGUAAUAUUUUCGUUUUAAAUAACUCGUCCUUAAAAAGCCAUUAGUAUUGGUUGCACCGUGGAGCGAUUGCGGCUUGGGGCAUACAAAAUCUGUGCUCUCUACAAAUGAAUAACAACAAUGAAUAGAACUUGCAUCAACAAAACAAACAUAUAACUAUACACCUAGAUAAAAGAAAACGAGUUCGAUUUCAGAGCAGCGGUUAAAUAAAAUGAGAUUUGUUAUCGAAUGGUUUAAGUCCAAUUGUUCUCAAACAGAUAGAACCGUGCCAGGUUCGAAAUAGGUGUGUGGAUUAAUAUAUGAAUUAAAUGGCAUAAGUUAAUUUACCGUAACGAAAUA